CCUGCUCCGCUGGGCUUGCAGCUGGCGAAGGAUCUGCUGCAUCCCUCCCCCGAGGAGGAGAAGCGGAAACACAAGAAGAAGCGCCUGGUCCAGAGCCCGAACUCCUAUUUCAUGGACGUGAAGUGCCCUGGUUGCUAUAAAAUCACCACUGUAUUCAGCCACGCACAGACUGUGGUUCUGUGUGUGGGCUGCUCAACUGUGCUGUGCCAGCCCACUGGAGGAAAGGCAAGGCUUACAGAAGGAUGCUCCUUCAGACGAAAGCAGCACUAAACUAAACAAAGGCGUGUCUGAGAUGGGUGGGACUACCUGCACAGUCGCUGCACAAAUACAGCUGGUUCAAGAGCAUGGGGUUCAGCCACAGGACGCACUGUCAAGAUGUGAGCCGAGGGCUUUAGACAUGUCUAUAGAAUAUGAGGGGAGAACGUGACUCAUACUGUCCCUGUAGCCUCACCCAUCUGACUGUCAAUAAAUUUUGGAUAAAAUACA